GGCUUUGAAAACCCGCAAAGGAAACGGGCCCGGUGUCCAGCAUCUUCCAGGGGGGGCGGCCGAGAUGUUUACCUGGCCGUGACCCCCUUCCCGCCCUCGACCAGUCGCGGGACUUUUUUUUCGAUGAAGACCAGCGGGGACCGUGGCAGCGGGGAGGCAGGCUGGCUGUAGCCGAGGGAGGGGACGAUGCACUGGGCUGCUGGGUUUGCCUCGAGCCGGCCGUGUGUGGUGGACCUGGGGCGGAAUCACAGCCUCCCUCUCGGACUGUGCGUCCAGGAGCAGCAGCAGACGUUAUAUGGAUACAUCAUCGCCUUUCCUCUGCAGGACUACGGCGGCAUCAUGACGGCUCUGGUCUCGGACUCCUGGUGGAAGAAGACCCUCUACAUCACCGGGGGCGCGCUGCUGGCUGCCGCCGCCUACCUGCUGCAUGAGCUGCUGGCCAUCAGGAAGGAGCAGCAGUUGGACUCCAAAGACGCCAUCAUCCUCCACCAGUUCUCCAGGCCAAAGAACGGCGUGCCCAGUCUGUCACCUUUCUGCCUCAAAAUAGAAACCUAUCUGCGGAUGGUGGAUCUGCCCUACCAGAAUUAUUUCGACGGCAAGCUGUCGCCUCAGGGUAAGAUGCCCUGGAUCGAGUACAACCACGAGCAGGUGUCAGGGUCAGAGUUCAUCUUGGACUUUUUGGAGGAGAAGCUGGGCGUCAACCUGAACAGGAACCUCACUCCGCAGGAGAGAGCUGUGUCGCGGGCCGUCACCAAGAUGGUGGAAGAACAUCUCUACUGGACGAUAGCUUACUGCCAGUGGGUGGACAACCUGGAGGAAACCCAGAAGCUCCUCUCCAUGAGCGGCCCGCUGAGCGACACGCUCAAGUGGCUGCUGGGUCACCUGAACGGCAGCAUGGUGCGCCGGGAGAUGUACGGCCACGGCAUCGGACGCUUCUCUAAGGAGGAGGUCUACACCCUGAUGGAGAAGGACAUGAGGACUCUGGCCACUCUGCUGGGUGACAAGAAGUAUUUUAUGGGAGCUAAGAUUUCGACGCUGGAUGCCACAGUGUUCGGACAUCUGGCCCAGGCGAUGUGGACUCUGCCCGGUACCCGACCAGAACAGCUCAUAAAAGGCGAGCUCAUCAACUUGGCCUUGUUCUGUGAGCGGAUGAGAAGAAAGUUCUGGCCGGAGUGGUUCGUGGAGGUGGACGAUCUUUACUACGACGGGGAGAGCGACAGCAGCGGGAGCAACGUCUCCCUGACGGGCCUGCUGGACUUGGGUCUUUUCUCCAGGACUGACACUCUGGACGACAGCGAGGACAGCAGCCACUCGCACAGCCCAGACUCUGACCACUCGCUGUUCGACUCGGACGUUGGCACCGGGUCCGAUAACGACGCGCAGCUCAAGGAUGAUCAAAUGCCGGAUUUAGAGGUCUGACCUCCAGCUAGGUGUUCUUGCCAUGCACCAGAAGACUGCUCCAGUCCUCCCACGUCCCUGUGGUCAGUGUGGAUAUUUACAAUUCCAGCUCAUAUACUGUCCUUCUGAACAAGAAACUGCUCACUUGACAGUUUCUCUUUGCCUUAUUCGUCUCGUCCGAAGAUGCAGAAGACGGCCGUAGAGUGUGAAAUGAUGGGAAAAAAACGCACAACCACAAGAUCUGUGUGUCUUAUCAUGUGUGUCCAUCCCCACUGAGGAGAUCCCCCCGCCGGCCUGUGGCUUGUGCCUGUCUGAGUCGUGAGUUUGUCCUUAAAAGUCUAGCUGAAGAAGGAGGAUGAGAAUGUAAAAGUGGCUGACAUAUCCGAGAGGUGACUAAGGUUGGUGAGUGUUUUCCAUUUACAAGCUUUAGUUUAUUUAAAAGUAAUUGCCCGCUCUCACCAGUGUCCAGAAAUGGAGGAGAAUUUUAGCUAGAAUUCUCCUGCCGAGUGAAACACGGACCUUGAUGUUCAAUUGUUAAGUCAAUCUGGAGUCAAAACAAAUAAAUCCCUCAGAAAAUGUCAAGAUGCCCAAAAGCACUUACCAACAAAGAACGUUUAAAGCAUUCAGAGAGCGCUAACCCCCGCCAAGCAGCUUCAGCUCACCACAACGCAAUCUCCGAAUGAUGAAGUCAAAAGCCAAUGUGGUUCAAUGCUGAAAAUGUCAUUCAAAUCCAUCCAUAACUUCUCAGGUUAUUUUUGAAAACAGACAAACCAACGUCGUCGAAAACUCAACCUCCCUGGUGGAGGUACUAAGCUCUAACAUGCCUGAGCAGAAUUCAAAUGCGAGUCCUUUUGAUCAUCUAUGGCAUAUAUUAAAUGCAUGAGUGUAUUUAAAAUGAAAUGUAUUUGUCUGUUUAAGAAAACUAAGCUGCUGAAAAAUGUGAGCAGAUAUAUAAAUGUGCUUAAUAUAAGUGAAAUUAUCUGACAUUUUCACGAAAUAACAAGGUUAGUUAGCUCUGGAAGUCUGGUAUAUGGCCUUGAAGCAAUUUAUAAAAACUUGAAUCUGAGGAAGAUUAAAAAAAAAAAGAAAUAAAGAAAUUUAAACAAACAAAAUGCUUAUGGAUUUGUGAACAAAAAACGUUUUCCAGCAAUGUAUUUAACCCAUUUCAAGGCCAGAAAUGACAUAUUAUUCAGUCAGAAAAGUUAGAUUUUCUUAUUUUCUCACAAGGAUGUUCUUAUCACUACCUUAAGUUGAGAUUCUACCUACCAGUUCGGAGUCAGAAUCCUAUUUCUAAUCGAGAAAAUAUUUAUUUUCUGACCGAUUGUGCUGUAUGAUUGACACAUGGUCCCAUAAUUUCACUGAAUUUAACCUAAAUUUUGCUGAACAUGAACCUCAACGUCCACUGGAUGCGUCGCGUGUGCAUUGCUUCUCUUCUUCUAGGUCCGGCUGGACUUCUGUUGACGUGUAUUGUAAUAUAGUAAUACACCACUAGAUGGCAGCAUCACUCUGCUUUGAUUCAGCUUUUGGCUGACUGGGUUUUCAAGCUCUCUUGACUUGGUCUGCGUUGACUUCAUGAGUGGUUUUGAUUGGUUAACAUGAUCAGUAAAAUACCAUUGAUCUUUCCCACGCUUGCUUUAAUUUGAAAGGCCACCGGAUGCCAUUAUUUUAUUCUGCUUCCUCCUUCGCUUGCACUGUGAUGAGGUGAAUUUGUGCUCUAACAAGAACCAUUGCAUUUCACCUGCGGAGGAAUGUUCAGGUGCAUCCAGUGGACAUUAAGGUGACAUGUUUAUAUCAUAAAUGACAUUUUUGUAGCAGUGCCAUAAAAGGCUCAACAGUGUUCAGUCAUCCAAAUUUUGCUCAAAAUAUGGGUCAAGUUCUCAGAAUCAUAUCUCUUUACACCAAACCUGCUACAUUAACAAACAUGCUUCACUCAAUCUUUGUUGUACAGUUGACUAGAAGAGAGCAGCCACAACAUUAUGACCAUCAAGCAGCGCACAGGUCUUACAUCUGAAGAUAUAACUCCAUAUUUUCGGGGAGUUUUCUGAUCUAUGUGGUCGUAAUGCUUUGGCUGAACCAGUGAAUGAUAAGAUGACAGCGGAUGUGAUGAAACAGCGUUGAGAAACCUUUUAUUUCAGCUCUGUUUUAAUGUUUUCUGGCGCUUUCUCGGUCACUAAUGAGACGGAAGCCAGUCGAUGUGCAUCGAUCCACUUUGUCUGCAAUUGAUGGUGGGUUGAAACUGCUGUGACGCGGCUCCGGAAGUCUCCAACCUGCAGCACUUUUUUUAUAAUCAAUAACACUUUAUUUUUUUAUUUCUAUUUGUUUUGUCAGGCUGUGAUUUGCUGUUAUUUGCACGUGUUUGUUUUCACUGUCGGUCAGCUGCUUGGGUGUCGUGAUGUCGACCUUCUGACAGGAACAUUUUUUCGUCCAGAUUUAGAGACAAAUUUUGUCAGGUCAAUUCUACCUGUACACCAUUAAGAAAUUCCAUUAAACUCUCAAUUGAACCUCAACCAAACCAUCAUAUCAACCAACUAAAAGUGUGACAUAGUGCCUUAAAGCAAGACAUAGUUGUGGCAAUAAAUACCCUGAUUUGACUCUUCAAUCAAUGUCUUAUUUGGACCACCGCAAAAGUGAACUGUCUAAAUCUGGACAUUAAAAUGAAAAGCAAAUACUUGUUAUUGAGAUGAUGUGUUGAAUGAAAACUGCUGAGUCAUGCCACAGAUUCUGAUCCGGUCACUUCAGACACGACUUUAAUCCGUCAUGUGGUUCUGUGGUCUCCCGUCCUGCUCCUCCUGCGACCUCCGGACGUCCUUUUACAAGUCGGACUUCUUUAUAAACAAGCCAUAUUGGAACCCGAUGUUACCAGAGGAGGGGGCGCCGCGGUAAAUAUUGUUCGAGUGACGACGUGUACCUGUAGCGCAGGCUAGCUGUGGAUGUGUGCAGUCACAGGUGGUUCAAUAAAGACUCGCUGUGACAAUUUUAAAAAAG